AAGCAAGGAAUGAGAUAAAGCAAAAGAGUUAAAAUACCAAGAAAAAGAUAACGUCAGUACCAAGAACAAAUCCUAGUUAAUCUCGCUAAUAACCACAGGCUAACUGCUACCAUUCAUCCACAUACUAGUCAAGUCGUACCUCCAAUUGUUUCUUUUGUUUUUAGUUCCCAGUUUGUUUUCCAUCCUUUGUUUUUUUGCCAAUACCAUCAAGGUUGUAAAGUAGUAACUACAGAGGUUAUAAUAUAUUUUCCCAUUGUAUUAUUAAGUGAGCAAGUCAAAAGUCACUCGAUUGAAUUUUAUUCCAUUACUAAUCCGUUUGCUUUUGUCUCAGCCGUUUCAAGUCUAUUUAAACCUGUCAAUCUGCCAAGAAACUUGGUUAAACUUUCCAUAAAUUACCACAUAGCACGACACACAUACACACAAAAUGUCAGUAUUUGAAACAUUUGAGUUGCUUAUUAAAAGAGAUGAGUGCCCCACCGAUAACGAUUAUGACGGAGCAAACUUUGGUGCCCGUAUAUCCUCAAUCUUUGUCAUUCUUGCUACCAGUGCCUUUGGGUGUUUAUUCCCCUUAUUAUCGUCAAGAUACUCAUUUUUGAGGUUGCCACCAUGGUGUUUUGUCAUUGCUAAAUAUUUUGGGUCCGGUGUUAUUGUUGCCACAGCAUUUAUCCACUUGUUAGAACCAGCUUCUGAUGCAUUAAGUGACGACUGUCUUACUGGAGUUAUCACCGAAUACCCCUGGGCAUUUGGUAUCUGUUUAAUGACAUUGUUUGUAUUGUUCUUUUUCGAAUUGGUUGCUUAUCAAAUGAUUGAUUCGAAGAUCAACGGCGAUGGUCAUCAACAAUCACAUUCUCAUUUCGGUGAUGAAUCUCUUUACAUUAAAAAAGACAUUGAAUCAGAAGAUGAAGAUCACAAGCUGAAGCAAGCAGUUGAGCCAAAUCCAUAUCCUGACCAUUUCUCCCAUGCUCAUGAGCACCAAGAUCCAGAAAAUCUCGGUACUCCUGUCAAUGACCAAGGUAAAGAACAGUACUAUGGUCAAUUAUUAAAUGUGUUUGUUUUGGAAUUCGGGGUGAUCUUCCAUUCUGUGUUUGUCGGUCUUUCAUUAGCAGUCGCUGGGGAAGAAUUCAAAUCACUUUAUAUUGUGCUUGUAUUCCAUCAAAUGUUUGAAGGGUUGGGGUUAGGUACUAGAAUUGCGACCGCCAACUGGAACAGACAUAGAAUGACACCAUGGUUGUUGUGCGUUGCUUAUACUUUAUGUACUCCUAUUGCUAUUGCUAUUGGAUUAGGUGUAAGAUCUUCGUAUCCUCCAGGAUCAAGAAUUUCAUUAAUCACAAACGGUGUGUUUGAUUCUAUUUCUGCUGGUAUUUUAGUAUACACUGGUGUUGUCGAAUUGAUGGCACAUGAAUUCUUAUAUUCCGGUGAGUUCAAGGGUCCUAACGGGUUCAGGAAAAUGUUGAUUGCUUAUUUCAUUAUGUGCUGGGGUGCUGGACUCAUGGCAUUAUUGGGUAAGUGGGCAUAAACUCACUAUCAAAAAAAAAUUAUUAUUUUCAUGCAGUUUCUUCGUUUUAUGUUUGUCUUUUUUUGUUUAUGCAUUUAUGGGUUAUAGAUUUGGGCAGAUACCCCUCCCCUUUUUAUUUAAUAAUCGGUGUAUGUAGUAUUUUUAAUUUACAGAAUAUU